UAACUUUGUAGCGUCUUCGAGGCGAAACUCUGCGGCCCGGUCGCUGAAAACAGAUCGGUAAAGCUGGUCCGGCCGCGCGGGGGGUCGGGUCUCGGACUGGGGGGGUUCGGGAGUCGGGUCUGUACGGAGUGCGGAGGCUGAGAACCGGGGGGGCGGCUCUGGUGGAGGAUCGAGGCCGAGAAGAAGCGAGGCUAGAGCGGGUUGGACACGCAGAGGCCCAGGCCAAACAUGUCCUCCUCCUCCUCACAGGCGUCUUCCAGGCGGCAGUGGUGCUACCUGUGCGACCUGCCGAAGAUGCCGUGGGCCAUGAUCUGGGACUUCAGCGAGGCCGUGUGCCGCGGCUGCGUUAACUACGAGGGCGCGGACCGCAUCGAGCUGCUGAUCGACACCGCCAGGCAGCUGAAGAGGACGCAUGUGAUGCAGGACGGGAGGUCGCCUGGUCCUCAGCCCAGCGGUAAGCAUGGUCCUGGGGUGAAGGAUGGAGCUGUGGAUGGGGGUAGACCACCUUCUGAGAGGUAUGAGCGAGGCAGGGGGGAUUAUGGUCCAGCUAGGCUUCCUAAUGGACUCCCCAGACUUGAGGAUGGAGGUCCACCUGAGGUCAGCAGGCAGAGCCCCAAUGCUAGAAGGACGGGGAUGGUGGGUGCUGUGCCACCUAAUCUGAUGGCACAAGGGCUGGUUGGACCUCCUCAUGGGUUGCUUACUGCUGUGCCAGGACUGGGGAGGGCAGGUGGUGGCCCUUUGACCAUCUCCACACCCAUGCUAAGCGAGAUAAGCAAAAGGCAGGCCAUGGGCAUGGGCAUGAGUGUGGGGGUGGCAUCCUUCAUGAGCUCCGACUUCGAGAAAGAGCUGAAAGAGAAGCAGAGGAACGCAGAAGCUCUGGCUGAGUUGUCUGAAAGUGUUCGGAACAGGACGGACGACUGGGCAGGUCGUCCCAAGGCGGUGCGAGACACCCUGCUGACCCUGUCCACCUGCACCCCUUUCAAUGUGAGGUUCAAGAAGGAUCACGGCCUGGUGGGUCGAGUGUUCGCCUUCGAUGCCAAGCUCGGAGUCGAGUUCGAGCUCAAGGUUUUUGUUGAGUAUCCCUGUGGUUCUGGCCAGGUGUUCUCCAGCUUGCUGACACUGGUCAAGCAGAUGUUCCACGACAGCCAGAAAGACACAGGCAAGGUGAUCAGUUCGGGUUUCAAGUACGUUGAGUACGAGAAGAGACAUGGCACGGGAGACUGGCGCCUGCUUUCAGAACUCCUCAGCGAUGGAGUCCGUGCAUUCAAGGACCCACCCACCCCAGAUGCCAUCCCUCAGCCUUACCUAGAUGCCAGCUGCUCCAUGCUGCCCACUGCACUCUGCCACAUUGGCCGCCCGGCCCAGCCCCGACUUCGCCGUCGCAAGCCCUCGCCAGAGCCGGAUGGCAGUGACAGGCUGCCGACAGAGGAGCAGCUUCGUCAGCACUGGCCCCUUGCCACAUACCCGGGCAUUGCCGGGCACUUGCCACCCACCUCUAUGCCCAGCGUUGGGCAGCCUCCUUCCAGUCUCCAGGAUGGUCUUCCUGGCUCCCAUGGCAGCGACCCCUCGCCUAUCACUGCCCUCAUGAGCGUGGCAGACAAUGUCGGUGCUGCAGGCCAGUCCCCAAAAGAUGUGCCAGGUAGCAGCAGUGCCCACACCUCCUCAACAGGCCUCCAAAACAGCGCAAGCCCCUCCUCAGCUGGGCAGCGGCGUCUGGCAUCGCGGAACGGAGAGCCACCAGCUGGGUCUGGAGGGGCAGCGGUUGCCACAGCGAUGCCACCUGGUGGAGCUGGUGAUCAGGGUGCAGUGACGGGUGUUGAUGCCUCCGGAGCGGGCAGUGCUCCUCUCUGCUGCACCAUCUGCCACGAACGUCUGGAGGACACACACUUCGUCCAGUGCCCGUCAGUGCCAGGGCACAAGUUCUGCUUUCCAUGCACCCGAGAUUUCAUCCGCAGCCAGGGCUCAGGCAGCGAGGUGUACUGCCCCAGCGGAGACAAGUGCCCUCUGGUGGGCUCCAACGUGCCCUGGGCGUUCAUGCAGGGAGAGAUAUCCACCAUCCUGGCGGGAGACGUGAAGGUGAAGAAGGAGAGAGACCCCUAACCUGUAGCAGGAAGGGUUUCUUUACUUUAAGAACCUACAGCCCUGGACUCCAAAGACCACCCUGCCACCUCACUGAAGAGAAGACUGUUCACCUGCUCUUUUCUUCCAUCUCUCCGUCCCUCUCUUUACCCUCUAUAUCUCUCAAUUCCCAUCCCUCUUCCUACACUUUGUCCCUGUGUUUUCCUUCUAUUCCUGCCAUUUUCCUUCUCUAACCAGCCAUAUCACACUCUGUUUAAUUCUUUCUGUCCUCCUAUCUUUUCUCCCCGUUUCUUUCCCUCUCUGUCUCUCUCCCUCCCUCUUUCUCUUUCUCUCUCUCUCUCUCUCUCUCUCCGCUCUGCCGGCCACAGUAAAGGAGAGCUCAGCCAUGCUGAUUGGAGAUGCCCCGUCGAUGCCCUUCUGCAGUACAAUCAGUUUUAUCUGUUGGCUCCAACAGAGUUUAUUUUUUGCCCCAACAUGUAACAGUGCUUUAAAGUAGAGCCUUGUUAAAGUGUUUUUUUUUUUUUUAAUGAAAGUUUGUGGGUCGUCAACCCAGUUUUUUUUUUUUACCUUUAGUGUUAACUACACUAUAAUACAUCUUAAAAGAGGAACUCCCGCGAUUUUUCUAAAUUCUCUGCAUAAUUUCAAUUGGUUUAUUGAGAAAUUCUGGUUCUUUGUAGUGAAACUUACCAACUCAGAUCGACGUAAAAUCCAUUUUCUUUGUGCAACUGAUAUUUUAUUUUUAAAGCCAAGCUCUUCUCAAAAUGUUAGAGAAACAGUGUCUCAAGCAUCAGGCAGUGUGUUCAUAAUCGUUUGGUGUAAUAAUAAUAACCCACUUUAAAUGACCUUGAUUGUCUUAAUUUAUUGAGUUAUGCAGAGAAUUCUGGGUGGGAUUCCCUUUUAAAAGUACAGUAGAAUGAAUAAUGACAUCCCUGAAUGUCCUGAAACACCAGACAGGUAUAGAUUGUACAGCAGGAUUGUUUCAAGGCUUUAAGAGCCACAAUCAGAGCACUGUACACACACACACACACACACACACUUUUUUUUGUAUUCUUGCAAAUGCUGCGUACACAGUCAGUAGUUUUGGAAAAUGAAAUGAGGUCUUUUGAAAAUGCUUAACUAUGCCCAUUCAAAGCUUAACCCAGCAUGUAUAAUAGAAAACUCUCUUUAUAUUUUAUACUAUAUGUAGAUUGUAAGAAAUACUCCCUUUCAAUGGUUAUAGAUGUGCAAUCUAUAGAUUUUAUAUCGUAUUGCUUUAUGUACCACUAAGUAUCUGAAUGGACAGAAAAACCAAAGAUAGACAUGCUGAAAAUUUGUUGUAUCAUAUGAUGCUUUAGCCUAUAUUUUUGUGGUAAAAAAAAAAAAAAACGUCUUUCCUUAAAAUAACGACGACAUUUAUUGGGGAAUUCAUGUUGGGAAUCGUAUAUUUAAGCCUGUCUGGGUGAACACAAAGUACAUUUUUAAGUGUUAGCAGAUCACUAUAUUUUGUAUUUUAACCCUGUUAUCAGUUGUUGGGAGGUAAAUUUUUGUGAAAACAGAUUCUGUUCUGUUUUGUUUUUCUUUUUUUUCUACAAUGAUGUUCCAGAUAUGUUGUUUUUUGCCAUCCUUACAUGUCAGUGAUUGUUCUUUACACACAUUUCUCUUUUUUUAAUGAGAUAUACGAGAGUUGACCUAUACUGUUUAACAUGUUCUGUUAUUGUUUUAGCCUUCUGUGUAUCGACACCUCUUUUUAUCCUGUUUUAUGAAUAUAGAAAAUGAUCUGAAUGGAUAUGUACGUAAACACGUAAACAGAAGUACUGUUCUGUAAUACCUUUGUUUAAAUUGGCUUCUAUGUUAUCGCUCAAAUUGUAUUUAAAUUAAAAGAUUGACCUGCUUUUCACAAA